AGUGCGACGGACUAGCGAGCGGCGGCUUUGCGGGCGGGAGCGGCAGCUUUUCUGUGGCGAGAGCGGUAGCUUUGCCGUAGAAAGCGGCUGCAACGCAGCUGCCAGAGGAGAGAUGCCGAGGGAGAUCAUCACCCUACAGUUGGGCCAGUGCGGCAAUCAGAUUGGGUUCGAGUUCUGGAAACAGCUGUGCGCCGAGCAUGGCAUCAGCCCCGAGGGCAUCGUGGAGGAGUUCGCCACCGAGGGCACUGAUCGCAAGGACGUCUUUUUCUACCAGGCAGACGAUGAGCACUACAUCCCGAGGGCAGUGCUGCUGGACCUGGAGCCCAGGGUGAUCCACUCCAUUCUCAACUCCCCUUAUGCCAAGCUCUACAAUCCAGAGAACAUCUACCUGUCGGAGCAUGGAGGAGGAGCUGGCAACAACUGGGCCAGUGGAUUCUCCCAGGGAGAGAAGAUUCACGAGGACAUUUUUGACAUCAUAGACCGGGAGGCAGAUGGCAGCGACAGCCUAGAGGGCUUCGUGCUGUGUCACUCCAUUGCUGGGGGAACAGGCUCUGGCCUGGGCUCCUACCUCUUAGAACGGCUCAAUGACAGGUACCCCAAGAAGCUGGUGCAGACAUACUCAGUGUUUCCCAACCAGGAUGAGAUGAGCGAUGUGGUGGUCCAGCCCUACAACUCACUGCUCACGCUCAAGAGGCUGACCCAGAACGCCGACUGUGUGGUGGUGCUGGACAACACAGCCCUGAACCGGAUCGCCACAGACCGCCUGCACAUCCAGAAUCCCUCGUUCUCCCAGAUCAACCAGCUGGUGUCCACCAUCAUGUCAGCCAGCACCACCACCCUGCGCUACCCCGGCUACAUGAACAACGACCUCAUCGGCCUCAUCGCCUCGCUCAUUCCCACGCCACGGCUCCACUUCCUCAUGACUGGUUACACCCCCCUCACCACGGACCAGUCGGUGGCCAGCGUGAGAAAGACCACGGUCCUGGAUGUCAUGAGGCGACUGCUGCAGCCCAAGAACGUGAUGGUGUCCACAGGCCGGGAUCGCCAGACCAACCACUGCUACAUCGCCAUCCUCAACAUCAUCCAGGGGGAGGUGGACCCCACCCAGGUCCACAAGAGCCUGCAGAGGAUCCGGGAACGGAAGCUGGCCAACUUCAUCCCCUGGGGCCCCGCCAGCAUCCAGGUGGCCCUGUCCAGGAAGUCGCCCUACCUGCCUUCUGCCCACAGGGUCAGUGGGCUCAUGAUGGCCAACCACACCAGCAUCUCCUCGCUCUUCGAGCGGACCUGUCGCCAGUAUGACAAGCUGCGGAAGCGGGAGGCCUUCCUAGAGCAGUUCCGCAAGGAGGACAUCUUCAAGGAGAACUUUGACGAGCUGGACACAUCCAGGGAGAUUGUGCAGCAGCUCAUCGAUGAGUACCACGCAGCCACAAGGCCAGACUACAUCUCCUGGGGCACCCAGGAGCAGUGAGUCCUCUGGAUCGGGACCCUCAUCUGCCUUACUGGUUGGCCCAGGCCCCGCCUGACUGACCACCCCUCAGAGCACAGAUCAGGGACCUCGCACCUUUUUCUUAUCAACACACUUACCCGUACUCUCUGUUGACCUGAUGACACAUGUAAUCUCCUUGUGAGACUGUUUAUGUUUAAUAAAGCACUGGAUAUAAAUCAA